GUGGUGUAUGGUAACAGAAACCUGCACGCGCUGUUUAGUUUCACCGUCUGAGAAAAAAACAAAACAAAAUGACGAAUGUUGACGGCAAAUGCAUUGAUUUGCGUUGUGUUUUCGCUUUCGUGCAUUUCUUAAAAUAUACAUUUUCACAGAUUGACAAGCAUUUUAAAAAAUCGCAACAACAAAACUGGCUGCAGUUAUCUUGUGGACAUCACUGAGUCAAGUGUUACUGGAGAGCGCUGAGAUGGCCACACAGAGAGUCCUCCCGCAAAGCAAAGAAACUCUUCUGCAGAACUACAACAAGAGACUUAAAGAUGACAUCAGGUCAAUUCUAGACAAUUUUACGGAAAUAAUCAAAACAGCAAAGGUGGAGGAAGAGACUCAGGUUUCCAGGGCGACACAAGCUGAGCAGGACCACUAUGAAAUGCAUGUGCGAGCCGCCAACAUUGUACGUGCAGGAGAGUCUCUCAUGAAGCUGGUCUCAGACCUGAAGCAGUUCCUCAUCCUGAAUGACUUCCCCUCAGUCAAUGAGGCCAUCAGUCUCCGCAACCAGCAGCUGCGCACGCUGCAGGAAGAGUGCGACAAGAAGCUCAUCUCCCUGCGUGAUGAGAUUGCCAUUGACCUGUAUGAGCUCGAGGAAGAGUAUUACUCCUCCAGCUGUGGACAGUGGGAUGGUGUUGAGUUGCCACUUUGUGAGGCCUUUCAUCGGCAGGACAGUUGGGGGUCCCCUGAGAUGACCUCUGACCCCUCACGUUUCAACCCAGAGGAUCCAGACAACUUGGGGACCCAGGAGUCCAUGCAACAGCACCUCAACAGUCAGGACAGCAGCACUAGUGAGCAGUCAUGAAAGACUGCUGGCUUCCUUCAUGGACCAGUUAGAUUACACAGCUAAGCAAUUUAACAUCAUAAUAAGCCCCAUCUUAAACCACCAGCUGCUGACUGCAAAUAUAAACAAUUACUUGAAUUGAUUAUGUGUCUUUGUCCUUCAAAUAUGGCACACUGAAUUAAUGCUGAGAACUAUUGUAGUUGGUAACUUGCUAUAUUGGUCUAAUGAAGUGUUUGCCUUUCUAUCUGUAUAUAAUUAAGUUUAAUGUCUCUGAGCGAUAUUACAAAAAUGCUAUUUCUUCUUAUUAUUCUAAAAAACAAUACAACUUGUUUAGGCAAGUGGUGUUUUGGAUGCUGAAAGAAAAGAAGACCUCUGUAAACAAUGCUGCACACAUUUCGGAGUAAAUUUAGCUGCUACACUGUUACAUUUUAUUGUAUGUUACAUAGUACAUGUGCACUGUAAUGCUGUUCACUUUUUCAAAAUGUGACUGCCAACGAA